AGGGCGAGCCCGCCGUGGGACCGGCCACGCUGCGGGAGCGCUGCCAGGGACGGACCCGACCGGACCGCCCCAGCUCAAGAUGCAGAGGUGCACCGGUUUCCUGUUUCUGUCUUUAAUCCUUUGUGCCACCCUCUCGGAAACACUCGGGCUGGUUUUCUCAGCGAAAGACAAAAGGGGUUGGACUUUGAAUAGUGCUGGUUAUCUACUUGGGCCACAUGCAGUAGAUAACCACAGAUCUUUUAAUGACAAGCAUGGUUUCACUGGUAAACGUGAAAUACCGCCUGGUGAGGAUAUUACAGCAGGGAACCUUGGAAAACCUGUGGCUGAUGAAAACAUUGUGCGCACAGUAAUUGAAUUUUUGACUUACUUGCAUCUGAAAGAGAUGGGAGCACUUGACAAGCUACCUACACCAGAGGAAAUGAACCAGUCUUGAAGAAUGCAUUUUUAUUUUGUUGCAGUGUAGAUUUAGACUGAAUUCUAAACAAAAGACCAAAAUGACCUGAAGUUAAGAAGUAUGGUUUGCAUUUAUCUGAUAAAUGGUAAACAGCCUUCUGCCCUCUGGUUGGUUUGUUGGAUUGUUUUUUGCUUUUUCUUUUCCUUCCCUCCCUCUCCUGCAAUGUUACAGUGUAUAAUUUUGCUUUGGUAAAAUUUUUCUGUAGGUAAAUGAGAAAAUAAAAAUAAAGAGCAACUAA